UCAGGUUGUUUAAAGUACAUUAGUAAGAAAACUCCGGUAUCCAAACAUGAAGGUCCUGAACAGAGACGAGCUGCAGGUCGCUGAAGGAGUUCUGCUCAAACACUUACCGAAGAGUUAUAAGGUGUACGGUUUCCUGUACGGAAUCAACAGGAACAAACCGACUACACUAGAAGUUGUGGUCGAUGCGUGGCCUGAUUUUAAAGUUAUCAUCUGCAGACCGGACCCCGAGAACAAGCGUGCCUCGAUUUUCAUGAAAAAAGUGACAUACUACAGCACGGAUGAACAGAGUUUGAGGAAAAUGCUGACAGACGAGAAUGCAGUUGAUUGGAGCACUUAUUUCAUGAUAGGAGGACUUGAUGUUUCCCAUGCACCAGUCCUCAAACAAGUGUCUUGUGACAGAAGAGUAAAAUACAAAACUGAUAUUUUAGUACACCUUCUGUAUUUGCAAGACACCAACUAUCUGCACAUGCCAGCGAUUAACAGUGAGCUUGAGUCGAGGAUUUCGUCUCUUAAUCUUUCCCACGUUGACUUGGUGAAUAAAACCUGGAAGUUCGGAGGAGACGAGAAGGGUUACAGGAAGAUUGAAAACCUAAUCAGUAACUUCCCAUCAUGCUGCAUCACAGACAGCCAGGGUCAGCCCGUGUCCUGGAUACUUGUGUAUGAUUACUGUGCUCUGGGAAUGUUGUAUACGCUGCCAGAGCACAGAGGGAAAGGCUAUGCCAAAAUCGUGAUCAGCACUUUGGCCAAGAAACUCCAUGCUGAGGGUUACCCGGUGUUCUGCUACAUAGAAGAGGACAAUGUGCUGUCCUACAAGCUCUUUAAAAACAUGGGCUUCAUUGAGGAUCCU